AUGGAUAAGUUUAGGAUUAUGAUGCAGUUCCUACAAGCCAACCAAGAGUCUUUCAUGAAUGGUAUUUGUGGGAUAAUGGCUCUGGCAAGUGCGCAGAUGUAUUCAUCUUUUGAGUUCACCUGUCCUUGCCUCCCCGAUUACAAUUACGCGUACGGGGUCGGUAUUCUUGUCGUUCCGCCGAUAUGGUUCUUCUUACUGGGAUUCGUGCUUAACAACAACAUAUCAGUGUUGACUGAAGAGUGGAAGAGACCCGUUGGAAAGCGCAGGAAAGAUCCAGGAGUUUUGCGCUACAUGUUUAGCUCUAUGACUCAACGCGCUCUCAUCGCACCGGCUGUGUGGAUUGCAGUGACUUUAAUGCAUGGAAGAAGUUUUAUCUGUGCUUACAGCCACAGCAUGGAUUUAUCGGAUUUCAUCAACAGCAGCUAUGAAACCUUACCCAGAAAGGCGCUCAUUAAAUUACAGGCAACUUUACCAUGUUCAGACGUGUUUGAAGCACACGAUGUUAUCUCCAGCGAAGCGGCCAAGAGAUACAUUCGCUGUUUGUCACAGGCCUGUGGAUGGUUUUUCUUAAUGCUAAUAACUCUAGUAGCUUUUUUGGCAAGGGCAAUCCGACCUUGUUUCUCACAAGCCGCAUUCCUGAAAACCAAGUAUUGGUCGCACUACAUUGAUAUGGAGCGCAAGUUAUUCGACGAGACGUGCAAAGAGCACGCCAAGAGCUUUGCCAAGGUCUGCAUACAGCAAUACUUCGAGAGCAUAAGCGGUGAAAUUGUGCAACACUUCCAUCUUCCCGGGAAGAAAGGAAAAGGUGAUAAAGAUGAAGAUCCAGAAAAACAGAAAAGCGAUGAAGAGAAACUUCUCGGGGUCCGUAGAGAAGAAGACAUGAACAAAGUCCUGUGGAACUGGCAUAUAUGUAAACCACCAUUGAACCUAAAAAGACAAAUUAAAGAUAUGAAUGGACAUGCGCAUUCAGAUACUAACAGCUUCUCUGAGGAAUAUCUCACUCACACAUCUAUGAAGAAAACAACUGUGGCAUACUACUCCAAAGUCUGACUUAUUAUUUGAUCCUACUUUGAACUCUCAUAAUAGCAUGUAUAGAUGCUUGGGUGGUUAUACCCAUGGUUUUGUAAAAUAUAGACAAAGUUAAAGAACCUGGAAAAGUCCAUAUUUGACCCAAGAAUGCACUGUAAAAAAUUGGUGCUUAAUAGCAGUAAAAGUGGUUCCCUAUAUCAAUGGUUCUCAAACUGGGGGCGGCCAGAUUGUGUCAGGGGGGCCCCAGUUUUAUGACAUUUUAUAAAAUACAUUAAUUUAUCAUAAAUUCUGUGUAAAUAGGGAGUGUGCACAACAAAGCUUUUAAAAGCAUCUGAAAACGCCAGGCGGAUGCCAACCGCCAGCUUUGGUUGCCAUGAUAUCUCUGUUUUGUUUAUCAGUCGUGCAAUGAUGAGUGGGGAUAAAACGCAGAGUGCCGGCUUUCAGCGUGAAAAAAAACACACCAGCUGCUGGCUUUUUUGAAAAGCGCAGCACUUCUAUUGGAAACAAUUGAAAACAUCAGCUGGCCGCUGAAGUAAAAGCUUUGGUGUGCACGCCCCCUAACCUCAGAAUAAAAGCUACUAACCAACAGCACUACAUUGUACAAGUUAAUAUGUUUUGUUUAAAGAUCAUGCCCACAUUUUGGGAAUUUAGCUUAUUCACUGUAUUCCCCAGAGUUAGAUAAGUCCAUACAUACCUUUUUCAUCCCCGCGCUUGCCCUAACUCUGUCUGAAGCACCCCCGCUAGCUUAGCUUAGCACAAAGACUGGAAAUGAUUUGUAUAGUCACACCGUGUACAAAUAACUUGGUCAUGUGAGACACAGCCAUCUUUUAAUCGUAUACAUUCUGGUAACUAUUCUCAGAAGACAAAGCACUGCUACUUUAAACAUAUAAAUAGGAAAAUGUUGGCAUUAUUUUGUCACUUGUAGUAUGCUAGCUGGAGCCAUUUACUUCCAGUCUUUGUGCUAAACUAAGCUAGCGGGGGCUGCGUCCAACAGAGUUAUGGCACGCACGAAGAUGAAAAAGG